UUGUUGCUGGCAGAUCUGAGAGGGUUCACUGUUGUUAAGUGCGUCAUUCCGCCGAUCCCUGCGGAUUGUUUGUUGCCAGCUGGAUUGGAGUUUCGUUCCUUUAUGUAGGGAUUGAUCUUGAAUACAAUACACUGGGUAAUCUUGUUCUGUCCGUCCAGGCGACAUCUAAGGAGUAUCUUUUGAAAGGAGUUCAUCGUCAAAAUGGUGAAGCCUACAUUUAACUCGUCUCUUGGGCAAAAGGAACCAAAAAAGGAAGAGGAGAACAUCGAGGCGCUUAUCGUUCCUGUUGAAAAGGAUACUGAUGAAGUGAUUAAUGUUCGUCGCCAGUCAAAAGCUUGGUGCUGGUGCAUGUGUCUUGGAUUAGCACUGAUGCUGUCGGGUGUGGUCGUAGGAGGUGCUUAUCUCUAUAGAUAUUUUGUUUUCCAGGAUGAUCUGAGUAGACCAUUCAUCUGUGGUGUUGAUUACCAAGAGCGAGAUUUCAUCUUCCCAGAUAUUGACCUUCCCACUCCAGCAGGAGCCUUAAGAAGAAUUGAAGAAAGAAUACAGUUUCUGGAAAAUGAACAAGUUGAGCUUAUCAAUGUUCCUGUUCCAGAAUUUGCUGAUAGCGAUCCUGCUGAUAUUGUGCAUGAUUUCCACAGGAAACUGACUGCUUAUCUUGAUCUCAGUCUGAACAAAUGCUACGUAAUCCCAUUGAACACUUCAAUUGUUAUGCCACCAAGGGAUUUCCGUGAACUCCUAAUUAACAUCAAGGCUGGAACAUACUUGCCUCAGUCAUACCUGAUCCAUGAACAGAUGGUUGUGACAGACCGCAUUGAAAAUGUGGACCAGCUUGGCUAUUUUAUUUAUAGUGUAUGCCGUGGAAAAGAAACCUUUAAACUUCAGCGAAGGGACUCAAUUAUAGGCAUUCAGAAACGUGAAGCUUUGAAUUGCAAUACAAUCUGUCAUUUUGAGAACACGUUUGUUGUUAAGACUGUCAUCUGCCAGCAGUAAUGAGAGAUACGUAACUGAAAUUGAAUUGCUGUUAAACUUGUGUUCAUUUUUCAUUUUUGUCUAGUGAUUGGUCUUUGUUUUGCUUUUUUUUACCUUUAAGUUUAUCCCCCCCAACCCCACCCCCAGUUAACCUAGGUUGUACUUCAGUAUGUUCCAGUUAUACCUGUCCUCUUCUAUUAACAUCAGAUUGUAUGAAAUUAUUCUCUUGGUUGUGUUUUACUGUUUCUAAUUUUUUGAUCUGUGACAGUAGUAUUGAAUGAUCUUCAGUUUAACUUAAGUCUGCUUGGUUAGUUUUUUUUUGGGUUUAAAUAAAUAUUGGGUAACUGUACAUUUUUUUAAUCUAAAAAUGAUAAAUUCAAAGUGUGUGUAUAUAUUCAUUUAAGAGUUAAAACUAUUCACUGCUUUAAUAUUUACACAAAUAUUCCUUUGUUUAAACUUCACUUUAAAAUAGAAUAGUUUCUAUUUUAAAAUGGUUCAAGUGCAGUAGGCAGAUUAACCUUUCACUUGAAUGUUUUAUAUUUUGUUUGCUGUAACAAUUAAGACAUGCACUCAAUUAACAUGCUAGUUGGCAAUGUAUAGCCAAUACACUAAUCUGUAUAUAACCAGCAUAUGUAAAGGUAACCAGUAUCAAAAUAAAUCUUGAACACUUUCGUGACUUUUUUCACUCAAUCUGGAUUUGCUUUAUAAAAUGUAAUUUCUUUAAUAAAUGUGCAAUAUUGUGUUUUCUGAUCCAAUAAAAUUUCUUAAUCCUUUUA